CGGCAAAAAACAGUUGUUGAAAAUGUACAGUGCAAUGUGCUUGUGAAAAAAAGGAAGAAGAGGAAAUUUAACCCCAGAACUGAGCUUGCUCUGUUAUUUGAUGAUGAAAUAAAAAUUAGAUAUAGACUUUCUAGAGGGCAAAUUUUAUCCCUAUACGAAGAAUUGAAAGAAUACAUUGACCCUGUAUUUAUGAGGGGCAAUGCUAUACCAGGCCAUGUUCGUCUGCUAUGUGCUCUUAAUUUUUUUGCAACUGGGAGUUUCCAAAACUCAAUUGCAAUUAUUGGUGGCAUUUCACAAUCUGCAUGUAGUAGAAUGUUGACUAAAGUCAUAAAAGGUAUGCUGCACCUGAUACCAAAAUAUAUACUUUUUUCUAGUGAUAAUGCCUCAGUUUCACAGCUGAAGCAAGAUUUUUUUAAAUUUGCUAAUUUCCCAAAUGUUAUUGGGUGCAUUGAUUGCACCCAUAUUCAUAUUGCUCCUCCAAGGGACAUGGAGCAGGUUUUUCGAAAUUGAAAAUGCUUUCAUUCCUUAAAUGUUCAAAUGAUUUGUGCUGCCAAUUUAAAAAUAAUGGACGUCGUGGCUAAGUAUCCUGGAUCCACACAUGAUGCAUAUAUAUUCAAAAACUCUGGGAUAUAUGAUCGUUUUGAUUCUGGAGAAUUUACUUCUGGAAUUAUGCUUGCAGACAGUGGAUAUCCACUCACGACUUGGCUUAUGACUCCAUUUAUUAAUGCUACUACGCCAGCACAAGUUCGUUAUAACUAUGCUCACAUCCGCACCCGCAACACAAUUGAACGCACUUUUGGUCUUUUAAAAAGCCGCUUCAGAUGUUUGGAUGUUACAGGUGGCAUGCUACUUUAUGAUGCUGCAAAAGUGUGUGAGAUUAUAAUGUGCUGCUGCAUUCUACACAACAUCUGCAUAGAACAUGAGAAUGACAAUGAGUUUGACUGUGACACUGCAGUGACUGAAGAGCAGCACAGAGAGGUCAUACUUUCUCAUCAUGCAAAACUUCAAAGGGACCAUAUUGUGUCCCAGUAUUUUUCAUAAAUCUGUGUUUUUGUGAAGCAUGUCAGAUUUCACCUAGCUAGGCAUUGGAGUUUAGCUGUUUGUUAGAUGUAGAGCACAACUGGACUACGAUUAAAAAUAGGUCCUUCCAUUCUUACUAGUCCAAACAUCCCCCACCAGCCUACUUAAUAGUCACUUUUAAUUGCAUCUUUCAGCAGCUCCUUUGGCAUUUAAGUGAGUGAUAUUGUGAGAGAUUUGCAUUAGGUUUUUGAGUCAUUAGUUAAUACUUUUGGCUUUUAUUUAUGCAGCUCUAUAGUAUGCAUUUUCAGAAAUUUGGUUGCUUAGAUCUACAUUGCCCUUGCUUCAAUAAUUUGACAUGAAUAAGACAGGACCAGAACAGAAAGAGGAGUAAUAAAAAAUAGUAAUUACAAUACAUGUGUAGCCUUAAAGA